CUAGUCCAGUUUCUGAGUGGGAUAGUGUGGCAAGCUGCCCACGGGGGAGAGCUCCCGGGCUACGUGGUGCUGUAUGGCUGCUUCUCUGCGCUGGGCUGGGUAUGGGCCAUAGCCCUCCUCAGGGUGGAGAGACGUAGGGUCCUGGUGAUGGACCGGACAAGGGGGCACAGCACGGUCCUGCUGCUAUUCUGGGCUGUGGCGUUCUCAGCUGAGAACUUGGCUUUCAUCUCCUGGUACAGUCCUCACUGGUGGUGGGGGCUGGAGAACAAUGAACAGCAGGUGCAGUUUUCCCUGUGGCUGAUGCGCUACAUUGGCACUGGGCUGCUCUUCUUCAUUGGCCUCAAAGCCCCGGGGUUGCCACGGAGACCAUACAUGUUGCUGAUAAACGAAGAUGAGCGGGAUGUAGAGAACAGUGGACAGAGCCUGUUGGGCAGAACAGAAGAGAACCAGUCUACCUGGCAGGGUUUCAGAAAGAAGGUCCGUCUGCUUGUUCCCUACAUGUGGCCACGAGGCAACAUCUUUCUCCAGCUGCUGGUCAUCUUCUGUUUAGGGCUGCUGGGAGUUGAGAGGGCUAUUAAUGUCUUCGUACCCAUUUACUACAAGAAUAUUGUGAAUGAACUGACUGAUGGCAGCAGCUGGCACACUGUGGCAACGACAGUGUGUAUUUAUGUCCUGCUCAAGUUGUUGCAGGGUGGAGGGGCAGGUGCCUCAGGGUUUGUCAGCAACAUGCGGUCUUUCCUGUGGAUCCGGGUGCAGCAGUUCACCAACCGCGUGGUUCAGGUGCGUCUGUUUGCCCACUUGCACUCCCUCUCCCUGCGCUGGCAUCUGGGCCGCAAGACCGGAGACGUGCUGAGAAGCAUCGACCGCGGCACCUCCUCCAUUAACAGCUUGCUCAGCUACAUAGUGUUCAGCAUCUUCCCGACCAUCGCUGAUAUUGUCAUAUCGAUCAUCUACUUCGUCACAUAUUUCAAUGCCUGGUUCGGCCUUAUCAUCUUCAUCUGCAUGGCCCUGUACCUCACUUUGACCAUCAUCAUCACUGAAUGGAGGACCAAGUUCAGACGAGACAUGAAUCAGCAGGACAACAAUGCCAAGUCCAAGGCUGUGGAUUCAUUGUUAAAUUUUGAGACGGUAAAAUACUACAAUGCAGAGAACUAUGAGGUUGCCCGUUUUGAGGAUACCAUCUUAAAAUAUCAGGUGUCAGAGUGGAAGACCCAGGCGUCCUUGGCCUUCCUCAACCAAACACAGAACGCCAUCAUCGGAUCAGGCCUGCUGGCCGGGUCCCUGCUCUGUGCCUACUUUGUGACUGAAAGAAAGUUUCAGGUUGGAGAUUUCGUUCUCUUUGGUACCUACAUCAUCCAGCUGUACACCCCUCUCAACUGGUUCGGAACCUAUUACAGAAUGAUCCAGAAUUCUUUCAUUGACAUGGAAAACAUGUUUAAACUUUUUGAAGAAGAUGAGGAGGUGAAAGAUGAAGUAAAUGCAGGGAAUCUUCUCUACAAACAGGGAAAAGUGGAGUUUGAGAAUGUUUACUUCAGCUACAUAAAUGGCAAGGAGAUUCUCAAGGACAUUUCCUUCACUGUGCUGCCAGGACAAACAGUGGCCCUGGUUGGACCAUCAGGGUCUGGGAAGAGCACCAUCAUUCGACUGCUCUUCCGUUUCUAUGACAUUCAGGGAGGCUGCAUUUGCAUCGAUGGCCAGGAUAUAUCAAAAGUGAAGCAGACAUCUCUGCGAGCUCAUAUCGGCGUGGUUCCCCAGGACACCGUGCUUUUCAACGACAACAUCCGGGAUAAUAUUCGCUAUGGUCGCAUCUGUGCCAGUGACCAGGAGGUGGAGGAGGCCGCUAUAGCUGCUGAUAUCCAUGAUAAAAUCAUGACCUUCCCUGAAGGUUAUGAUACGCAGGUGGGUGAAAGAGGUCUGAAGCUGAGUGGAGGAGAAAAGCAAAGGGUGGCCAUUGCCAGAACUAUUCUCAAAGCACCACAGAUCAUCCUGCUGGAUGAGGCCACAUCUGCGCUAGACACACAAACAGAACGCAACAUCCAGGCCUCACUGGCUAAAGUCUGUGCCAAUCGUACAACAGUUGUUGUAGCUCACAGGUUGUCCACCAUCAUUGGAGCAGAUCAGAUUCUUGUUAUAAGUGAGGGCCGGAUAGCCGAGCGAGGACGACAUGAGGAACUGCUACUCAAGGGAGGCAUGUAUGCAGACAUGUGGAUGAAGCAACAGCAGGCCCAGGACGCAGAUUCCUCAUCAGACACAGAAGCCAAAGAUCGCAAGUCUGAGAAACUACAGCCACCUUCAACUUCUUCAGGCCACCAUGGCCACUGAAUGCAUUUUCUGGUUAUGUUUUAAAAGAGAACUCCACAUUUUAGUCCUGUCUUUUAACUGUAAGAAGUUAAUAGAUGAUUUCAAUGUAAUGGAACACUCAACUAGAUGAAAAUGUUAUUUAUCUGUAGAAAAUCCUAAUUGAACGUGCAAUGGCAGGUCAUGGAAAAAAGGGAAGGUGCCUUAACAAAACUGAGGAGGUAUAAACACACUGAAAUGCUUAAAGGUACCAGAAGACAUUGGUUUUUAUACCCCAAGGUAUUAGUUGUGAUUAUGCCCAAAGUUUUUAAGUAGGAACAGAUGCAGAAAGGUCAAAUUAUCACCACAUCAUAAAAAAACAGAUGUAUAUUUAACAUUUUCAAACCAUAAUAACUGCAUUGCAGGGCUAAAGAAUGAAAAGUAAUGCAUGGUAUCUCAUCCCUUCAUCAGGUGGCACCCUGAGUGUUUGCCUGAUCCUGUUUUGAGGAUAUUAAGAUUUUUAGAAACACUCCGACCACCUUUUUAUUAUUAUUUGUCUUUUUUUAUAUAUAUAUAUUAUACAGACUCAAUUUAGUUUGUGCAGUCUGAUAGACUAUACAUCAAGAUAUGAAAGGGAGAGUUGCAAGAAAUAAGGGAAUAUAAACAUUAAUCAUAGCCUUAACAGUGCAUCUUGUUCAUCUGAGGGGCUAAUGAUUCUUUUUUCCAACUGUAUUAUAUCGUGUUAAUGACAUUUGACCGGCAUGCCAAGCUGUCAGGGAUUUUUUUGGCUUUGUUUUAUUUUUUUAAGUUUUUUUGGUAGUCAAUUUCUGAGUUCUUCUGUUAUUUAAAGUGAUUUUUUUUAGCCUUUAUAUAGUUUUGAUCACUAAGAUAAAGUGGGAUGUUGUUGAUCAUCUGGAUCACUGUCUCCUCUAAAUUGUCAAGAAUUAAGGAUACACAAGAAGUUAAUGUAAAAUGGGGCAGUCUUGUGACUGUUUUAAAAUUGUUUUAGGCUGACUGGCUGAUUUACAUAUAAAGCUGUGUACAAUCCAUGUCUGUGUCAUUGGCAGUUAAAGACAGUAGACCUUUCUCAUGGCAGGCAUUUUGACUCGGUGCAAGGAUGUAAUGGAGCCAAGUCAUUAGUUAGAUCUAUCCUUAUGCUGCAUUAAGAAGUCAAAAUAACCGUCAUGAAAAAGAUAUACCAUCAAACUCAAUGUCCAGUUCAGUAUAUAGACCUACCAUUAUUCUCACUUUAUGUAAUAUAUAAGUAUAUACAGUCAGAAUUAUUUCUCAAGAAGAAUUUGAUGUCUUACAUCUACCUCAAAAAAAGGUAUUGUUCGUGAUUAUUACAUUUUGUAAAUAUUCACUUUUGUCUUUUACCUAUGAACAAAUAAAAGGUUUUUUCCAUGGUU